CUCCAUCUUUCUCGCAGCGCCGCUCAGGCUCGGUCCCUCAGCGCAGAUCUUCUGCUCCUUCCCCCACUCGCGCUAGGCUCGGUCUCUUCCGCGCGUCGGCGGCUCCCCCUCGGCGGCGUCCAGCGACGAGGGGCAGUCCCAGGUUCGGCGGCGGCCUCCUCCCCCUCCCGCCUCGCGUCCUCGCCUCCGUCCUCCGCGCACCGGCCGGCGACCCUGCGGUACAGUGCGUAUCGCUUGCGAUUAGUGUAACCCCAGAGCAAGCUGCAUACAGGACGAGAUAGAAGAUGGGUAUCCUUGAGAGAAUCAAGGAGAUUGAGGCCGAGAUGGCUCGGACUCAGAAAAAUAAAGCAACAGAAUAUCAUCUUGGACAACUGAAGGCAAAACUAGCAAAGUUGAGGACACAACUAUUAGAGCCUCCAAAGGGUUCCAGUGGAGGUGGAGAUGGUUUUGAAGUCACAAAGUUUGGGCAUGGUCGCGUUGCACUUAUUGGAUUUCCCAGUGUUGGAAAGUCAACUCUUUUAACGAUGUUGACUGGGACACAUUCUGAAGCUGCAUCAUAUGAGUUCACAACACUUACUUGUAUUCCUGGAAUUAUUCAUUACAACGACACCAAAAUCCAACUUCUUGAUCUUCCUGGUAUCAUUGAAGGAGCCUCUGAAGGCAAGGGGCGUGGUAGGCAGGUUAUUGCUGUUGCAAAGUCAUCAGAUCUUGUGCUGAUGGUUCUGGAUGCCUCAAAGAGUGAAGGACAUCGCCAAAUAUUAACUAGAGAACUGGAAGCUGUUGGACUCCGUCUUAACAAAAGGCCUCCCCAGAUAUACUUCAAAAGGAAGAAGACUGGUGGGAUUUCUUUCAAUACCACUGUGCCUUUGACUCAUAUUGAUGAGAAGCUCUGCUAUCAGAUUCUGCAUGAGUACAAAAUUCAUAAUGCUGAGGUGUUAUUCCGUGAAGAUGCUACUGUGGAUGAUCUCAUCGAUGUCAUCGAAGGAAAUCGAAAGUACAUCAAGUGUGUUUACGUAUAUAACAAGAUUGAUGUUGUUGGUAUCGAUGACGUAGAUAAGCUUGCUCGGCAACCAAAUUCUCUAGUUAUCAGCUGCAAUUUGAAGCUGAACUUGGAUAGGCUACUGGCGAGAAUGUGGGAUGAGAUGGGCCUAGUGAGGGUGUAUACAAAGCCACAGGGUCAGCAGCCUGAUUUCACAGAUCCAGUUGUUCUUUCUACUGACAGAGGUGGUUGUACAGUUGAGGACUUCUGCAAUCAUAUCCAUAGAAGUUUGCUCAAGGAUGUGAAGUAUGUGCUUGUAUGGGGAACCAGUGCGAGACACUAUCCGCAGCAUUGUGGCCUCAGCCAUGGUCUCCAAGACGAGGAUGUCGUCCAGAUAGUAAAGAAGAAGGAAAAGGAAGAGGGUGGGCGAGGCCGGUUCAAGUCGCACACGAACGCACCUGAUCGGAUAUCUGAUAGGGUGAAGAAAGCUCCCCUCAAGACAUAACUGAUUCCCUGAGCGCGUUGCGACUAGCUUCUCCAAAUCAGAUAGACAACCUCGAUUGAGAUCACAUAAUCCGGAACUAUCUGAGCCGCAGCGUGCUAUUUUUUGCAGCCUUGUUUUGUAUCAGAACAGAAUCUUGGCCAUGUUUGGAGUACUCGCAUAGUAACCUUCGGUGCUGUAUCUUGCUCAGAUCAGAUGAUGCGGGCUGGCUUUUAUCACUGUGUGUUACCUGCUACAUAUGCCAAAUACAAAUACUUGCCAAACUCACGAGUUGUGCAUAGAUGAUUGCAGUUGUGGGAAACAUUUGCUUACCAUCACCGGUCCUGCAUAGAUGAGAUAAUGGCAGUUUGUGGGAA